UAUCCUCCUCGCAGCAGAGAAGUUGACAUGAAAUCAAAAGAGACACAUUUAUCUCCACACAGGCACACAAGGGUGUACUGUUGUCCUCCGGUCUGAUAUCUGACAGGUCAAUUUACGUGGAUCCAGUCCCCCUCCGUCAUUGCUACCCGCUGUCUCCAUGACAACUCCUGCACUAGUGUCACCUUUUACGGGGCCGCCACCGCCGCCUCAGCAGCAGCAGGGCCAGGCAGCGCGUGAUGUCAACACCGCCUCAUUGUGUCGCAUCGGCCAGGAGACGGUCCAAGACAUUGUCCUCAGAACCAUGGAGAUCUUCCAGCUCCUCCGAAACAUGCAGCUGCCUAAUGGAGUCACUUACCACCCCAACACCCACCAGGACAGGCUGGGGAAACUGCAAGAGCAUCUUCGCAUGCUUUCCGUGCUGUUCCGCAAGCUGCGCCUCGUCUACGACAAAUGCUCUGAAAACUGUGCUGGGCUGGACCCUAUACUUCCUGAGCAACUGAUACCCUUCCUCGAGGAUGACGGCACCAAACAUGAUGACCACUCAGCCGGUCAGAACCGCCCUGCCGCCGAGGACCGAAGAGAAAUCCUGGAGGUCAACAAGAAAUUGAAGCAGAAGAACCAGCAGCUGAAGCAGAUUAUGGAUCAACUGCGCAACCUCAUCUGGGAAAUCAACUCCAUGUUGGCCGUCAGAAGCUGAACACCACACCCUGAGGAUACCUGGUCAUGUGAAGGCACCACAGACUUGCUGAAGCAGCAGUUUGGUAAAGAAGUGACGACUUUGGCAGUAUUGACUUAUUUCCUGAGAAAGAAAGUGGAAAAAUGAAGACACGGUGGGAGGGGUGAGUAGCAGGCAACCUACUAAAAACGUGUUCAGAAAAUGGUCUGUCUACCUCGAUAGUAAGCAUUUCAAUCAGCAUUCUAACUUAUCAUAAAAGUGAAUAUAUAAGCUUUAUCUAUUUUGUAGCUCAUACAGCGUUAAUAUAUGUAGAGAUAUAGUUAAUUUAAUCCUCUUGUUCUUUACGUUGGAAUAUUCCUAUAACAAAUAUACAGUAAAUGUGGCGAUUGACCCGAGUAUAAGACUUUAUUAGCCCCCAUUUUUAAAAAAUUCACAUAAUUGUGUGGUAAAGUGUGAUCACAAUCCAUCGAGCCUUAGUGCGCACCAAAAAGCUUGAGAGAUGGGUCUCGGUCUGAUUGCAAAUGAACUCUAGUGCGGUUUACUUAUGCUCAAUUCAGAAUGUAAACGUAGACCAAGGACAUGGAUCAAUGUUAAAACUACAGCAAAGCGCAUGCAUAAAUGAUAAAUCUAUACCUUUGAAUAUAAGACGACUCAUCUUUUUCAGACUGUUUUCCAGUGGAAAGUACCCUCUUAUUUUCGGGUCAAUAUGGUAAUUCGUGGUUCAGCUCCUGAAAUGUGGAUAUUUUUCCCAUGUUUUUUCUGACAAUGAAAAAGAUGACAUUACUAAAUCAAAUAGAUUUAUCUAUUUUAUUCAAAUAGAUAAAUACAUUUGUAAGGGUGAUCAUUUUUGUACACAAUCGUUUUGGACGUCAUGAUGCAAAUCACUCCGGAAGAUGUUAUGACGUAAUAGUUGAAUUUGCAUAAUUGGCCAUGACGCAUUUGCAACAAGUGAGUAAAACAUGAAAUAUGUUUAAAUAAUAUACAAAUGAACUGUUAUCGGUCGUUUUUUUGUUUUUUUGAGGUGUCACAAACAAAUUGAGUGCCUUCUUAUGCACUCGCCGGUCGUUGAGAAGAGCGAUACUGUAUAAGCUUACAUACCAGAGCCUCCAAAAAUCAGCAAGGGAGAGGAAUAGCAUAUAGCUCAGUAUUGGCAACCUGCAGGUAGAGAAUGCUACGAGAUGUUGCCGACGGCAGCUCAUUGAAUGUGUUCUGUGCAUGUCGUUAGCGCUAGUUAAUAAAGGCAUUGAACGUGCUUUGCCGGCCUUGUCUCUC